AGAAUACAUUGAAGGGAAAGAGAGAGAGAGUGUCUCCACUAGCCCCGCCCCUUUAUAUUCCUCAGCUAUUACAAAUUUUACACAGAAUACAUUGAAGGGAGAGAGAGAGAGAGAGAGAGAGAGAGGGAGGGAGAUGGGAGAAGUGUAUGUGGAAGUGGAUUCAGAAGUUUCAAGCCAGGAUUAUCAAACAGAGAGCAACCCAAUAGAGGCUUGGCUACCCAUAACCAAGUCCAGAAAAGGAAAUGCAUAUACCUCCUCAUUUCAUCUGAUUUGCUCUGGAAUUGGACUCCAAGCCCUUUCACUUCCAAUUGCAUUUGCCGCCCUCGGUUGGGUUUGGGGUAUACUAUCUUUGUCACUUGCAUUUGCUUGGCAACUCUACACCAUAUGGCUUCUUGUCCAUCUCCACGAACCCGUCGCUGGAACUAGAUACAGCAGAUACCUCCGACUAUCGAUGGCAGCCUUUGGUGAAAAACUGGGGAAGUUACUGGCAAUAUUUCCAGUAAUGUACCUAUCAGGGGGCACAUGUGUGUUGCUAAUUAUCAAUGGGGGAAAGACCAUGGAGCUGUUCUAUCAAACCAUGUGUGAGAAUGGGCCACCAUUAUGCAAUCCAAAGGCAUUUACCGGAGCAGAAUGUUUCUUGGUUUUCACAUGCUUGGCCAUCGCCGUGGCACUCUUUUGCCCCAACUUGAAUUCCGUAGCUGGGGUCUCAUUUAUUGGGGCAAUCACAGCCGUUGGAUACUGUACUUUGAUUUGGGUCUUGUCCGUAUCCAAAGGCAGGCCGGAUAGUGUACCUUAUGCCUCAUCUAUGGUGACAUCAUCGGCGAUGGGGAGAUUUCGUGGCGUCUUGACUGCGCUUGGGAUUAUAGCUAUUGCUUUCAGAGGCCACAAUGUUGUGCUUGAGAUACAGGGAACAUUGCCUUCAAAUCCAAAGCAUCCAUCCAAUGAGCCAAUGUGGAAAGGAGUGAAAGUAUCAUAUCUAAUUAUCUCUCUGUGCUUAUUUCCCCUUGCAAUAGGUGGAUACUGGGCUUAUGGCAACAGGAUACCUACCGGCUGUGGAUUUCUAAGCGCAUUUUCAGUACUCAAUAAACGCAACACCUCAAAGUUUGUGAAGGGUUUCAUUUAUCUACUGAUAGUCAUAAGUUGCUUGUGCUCAUUCCAAAUCUACGCAAUGCCAUUUUUCGACAACUUGGAGUUCAUAUACGUGGGCAAGAAAAACAAGCAAUGCCCAAGGUGGCUUCGCUUCGGGCUCCGGUUCUUCUUUGGAGGAUUGACAUUUUUCAUAGCAAUGGCUCUCCCGUUCUUAGGAAGCCUGGCAGCUCUCCUUGGAGGGAUCACGUUGCCUCUGACUCUUGCUUAUCCAUGUUUUAUGUGGCUCACCAUCAUGAAGCCCCGGCCAAACAGUGCAAUGUGGUGGUCUAAUUUAUGCCUAGGGUGCUUAGGCAUAUUGUUGAGUGUUUUGUUAGUAGUCACCGCAGUGUGGAAUUUAGUGGUCAAUGGUUUUGAUGCCAAUUUCUUCAACCCCCAUUGAAUGAUCCAUAAUCGAAAGAAAACGCAUUUGUUUGAAAAUAUGAGCUCUGUUGACUGUUGUGUG